CGCUUCUCCUUCAACAUGCGUAGGCCCAGGCUAACGUUAAAAGCCCCGGUCCCCAACGCCAGUCCUUUCAUCCGGUUAUUUGACGAUCGCUACUUACGACCAUCCUCACGCUCCGGAACCCGGAAGAUUUCCAUUGGCAGCAACAUGUUGGUCCGACGUGCAGUGUACGUGCAAGUGUUGGUAGCUUUGAGCUUGGCUUUAAUUGCCCGAGGAGCUUACCUGAUCGAUUUUUCGAGAGUUUUUCAUCACAACUUGGCCAAUGUUAAAAGGGAAGCAGACACUGACCGAUGCCACCCAACGCAACCAUUCCGUUGCCCCGGAGACACUACUGUAUGCAUCUCCAUCCAGUACUUGUGUGACGGAGCUCCAGACUGCUCAGAUGGCUAUGAUGAAGACCCUAGGCUUUGCACUGCAGCUAAAAGGCCACCAGUUGAAGAAACAGCCAAUUUUCUCCAGACUUUAAUAAUGAAUCAUGGACGAAAUUUCUUGGAGAAAUUGUUUGGAAGUAAAGCACGCGAUGCAUUGGUCCCACUUGGAGGAAUGCAAAAGGUGGCCAUCGCAUUGUCGGAAAGCGAAACUCUUGAAGAUUUCGGCAAGGCCUUGCAUCUGAUGCGAUCUGAUUUGGAACAUCUGAGAAAUGUGUUCAUGGCAGUGGAGACAGGGGACUUCAGUCUUCUGAAAUCCUUGGGUAUUCGGGACUCGGAACUUGGGGACGUAAAAUUCUUCUUGGAUAAAUUAGUCAGCACCGGCUUCAUGGAUUAAAGGAAGACACAACUCGAAAGAAGAUCGAUCUCCUCCCUCCUCAAUCCCUCCAUAUGAGUCGUCAAAACCUUUAUAAAUCGAUAUAUAUAUAUAUCUAUCUAUAUGUAUAUAAAUAAUUAUGUAUACCUACAGAUAUAUAUAUAUAUAUAUAUAUAUAUAUAUAUAUAUAUAUGAUAUAUCAAACGCAUCAAUGUACCAUUGAACUGAAAAGUUCUACGAGCUACAUAUAUACAUAUCUUCGGGGAAAUAUUAAAAUUUCAUUACAGUUGGUGUGAAAAGAAAUAUCUUUGAUAUUUUUAUUUUAUUCGUAGAAAAAUUUUAUUACAAGAAACAAAAAUAUUUUAUUCAAUUUAUAUAUGAAAAGCUUGAUGAAUUAUUCUUUUGAUUUUGAAUAACAUUUCUAUUGUAGUGAUUUUCUGUUAAAAUGAGAGAGGUAAAGGAAGCAAAGAAAGUUCGAUUUCUCUUCAAGGUCAAAAUGGCUUUCUUAUCCACGCUAAUUAUUCAAAACUCCCAAUAUUUGGCAAAAUUAUAAGCUUUUCUGCAUCUUGAAACUAUUUAGGAUCUCAAAACUAAAGUAUUUUUCAUUCUCUAAAAUUUAUAAGCUUGUUAACAAAAGGACGUUUUUGCCAUUUUAGCUUCUCUCAGUUGUUAUUAAAUGUUUAAGCAUGGAUUUGUUUAUUCAAAUUCCGAUAACUGCUACCAUUUUUGUUUUCAGUUUGAGAAAUAUGGCUUUCUUAUCCACGCUAAUUAUUCAAAACUCCCAAUAUUUUUGCAAAAUUAUAAGCUUUUCUGCAUCUUGAAACAAUUUAGGAUCUCAAAACUAAAAUAGUUUUCAUUAUCUAAAAUUUAUAAGCUUGUUAACAAAAGGACGUUUUUGCCAUUUUAGCUUCUCUCAGUUGUUAUUAAAUGUUUAAGCAUGGAUUUGUUUAUUCAAAUUUCGAUGACUGCUACAAUUUUUGUUUUCAGAAUUGACUGCUACAAUUUUUGAGAAAUAUGCAAGCUUUUCUAAAAUAUGUUCAAAAUUCUUUUAUUUGCUUCUUUGCUUCAUGUUUUCUUAGACGGCUCAGAAUUUCCUUAACUGGCCUCAAAGCGCUUGGCAAAAAGUUUAUUAUACUCCCAGAAAAUCCAAGCAUCUCUUACAUUUAUGUACAAUAUACUUUUGUGUACUUUGAUAGCUCUAAAUAUUACUUCUAAUUUUCUUCAGUAUAUAAAGAUGAAGCAUAAUUUUUAACCCAUCUUUAAUUCGCCUUUCUAUUUCAAUAAUAAAAACAUUUUUAAGAAACGACUAUAUUGGUACUACGUAAAAGUGUGUCUAUCAUCAACAUCACGCUAUCGAGCAGAAAUGAAAUUUGCUUCAGACAGUGAGCAGAAGUUAAUUAAAAUUAUAUAAAACCGGAUGUAAAUUAGUAAUCUUUCACUUUCAUUUUUAUUGUAAUCUUGCACUUAAAUAUGGAUUUCCUUCUUUAAUAUUUGAUUCUGAAAGUAUUAAAUUAAACUUGUUAAAUUCAUAGGUAAUGCUUAUAGUGCAGGUGCUGCUGUUUGCCAUGCAGUAUUAAAAAUUAUAUCUAUGAUAUCUUAUAUUUGCCAAGCUUUGAGACCUUACCAGAAUCAAUGUGAUGCCUUUUAAUAUCUUUCCUUCCUUGGUCAUUCAAAACACAGUUCUUAAAGAACACUAAAUGAAUUGUACUCAUGGUGCCAGAUGAGUUUGCACGGAAUCUGAUAAAGCAACAGAACACUGCAAACUCUUUUUCUCCUGCAAGCAUCUAUAAUCUCACUAUGCUAUUUUGCCUUUCAAAUGUAUCUAUCUAAAGGUGCACUUUGAUUCCCUUUUAACGAUGUUAUUGUGUCAGUGAGUAUCAUAAUGAGCGUCGGCGUACUUGAAUUCUUUUAUAAAGUUUUUUAUUUCAAUUCGCACUUAUUAUCAUACGAAUCAAAACCGAUUUUAAACCGAUUCGGUGAUAGAUUGUUUUCCCAAUUGAAGAAUAUGCGUUAAAAUAUUAUUACUUGAAAAAUGUGUACAUUGAACAAAAAAUAAUAAUUUGUUUUACUCUGUACCUAAUUUUAGGAAAAAAAGUGUCUUGACUGAUUGUAUUGAAGCACCGGUUCUAAAAACUUGAUAUCUUUCUUAUAUUUACCACUUCGUUUCGAUUCAAAAAUUUUAUCGUAAAAUUGUAUGGCAAUAAAAAGUUUUCCCUUAUAAUAGUUAAGUAUUUACCUUGUGUGAGGUUUUGAAUGUUUCAUAAGUAAUGUUAUUACUAUCUCCAAUUAUCUUUGUAACUGAUUUUACUUUAAUAGUCAAAUGCAUCUUUGAUAGAAAAGGAAAUAUGUUUGCUCAGUAUGAGCUGAACUUUUUUUAGAAACUUUCUAUAAGGCUUAUGAACAACGAAACAAGACAGAUACUAUAUAAUGAAUUCAAUGAUACGCUUUUAUCAGUGAUAAGGCCAAGUUUAAGAGAAUAAAAAAAGUUCUAAAUUUUUUUAGGCGUGUUAAAUGCGUUCUUAAAAUGUUUAUGUUUCACAAUUGUUUCCAAUCUAGUAAAAAAUCGAUCUGUUUAUAGUUCAUAUUAAUUUGAAAGCCAUUUAAGAGUCUAUGAUUAAUUUUGCAUGGUUAAAGGCAUUGUUACAAUAUAUAGCUGAGAGGUUAAUGUUAAAUUCUUAAUGAAUAAGAGCGAAAAAAUUUUUUUACUUCCUUUGAUUCAUUAUUAAACUAAGCACCUACAAUUAUUCACUAUUUAAAUAAAUGCGUAUAUUUUGUUUCACUAACUUAAAUAGGCUACUGCGUUCUCUUGCAAAAAAAAAUGACUUUUUAUUUGUUAAUUGUAGUAAUAAAACUGAAGCAUAAAUUAUCUUCUUGAUUAUGGUUCAAUUUUGGUAUCUUAAAAGUUACUUAAUUAUUUGAAAGGGGUAACAGAAAGCGUAUCAUUUCCAUGUAUGGAAACUAUAGCUAGAAAGAAAGUUAUUUUGGUCUACGAGUGACCUAAAGAAUAAACAUAUCACAAACUGAAGUUGCCUUAACUUCGCAGUGAAUAGUUUUAUAAUUUUUGUAAGAUCUUGUAUUGCAAGAGAAAAUUUUAUUUCUUGAUUCCAUUUGUAAUUUAUCGUACAAAUAGAUCAUCUUAUACAUGUAUAUUGAUGUGCUCUCUCAGGAAGUUUGCGGUUGCAUUAGAUUCUUAAAAUAUUUUGCAUUUUAGUGUAAUUGAAUAUACAUUGCUAUUAAAUUUAAAGUAUUUAUAUUUCUAAAAAUUAAAUUAUUACAUUUUAAAAUGUUAAAAAUACGAUUAAAAGCAUUUAAAUUGAACUACAAGGUUCCGAAGGAGAAGAAGAUGCUUUCUGUCACCGGAAAAAAAUACAUGAAAAUAAAACUGAUUUAUUUUUUAGUGUAUAGGAUGGAUUACAGUUAUGAAAUUUUUAGUUCAGUAUAUCCAAACCUGCAUGCCUUUUAAACAGUUUAAUAUCUGUGCUAAAUGUUUCGAUUUCUCCCCAUAUAUCAAUUUGAACGUAAUGCAUAUUUCGAAGUUUUAUUUAAACUUUUGAUAUGUAAUUUCACUUCUUUUAUGAAAGUUAAUAAUAAUGCAGAAUAAAGUGUCGUGUUUUUCAUGUAUGAGCUUCAAUCGAUAAUAUUUAGAAAGCUCUUUCAUUGAAAAAUGUUAUGCAUGUUGUUUCAAUUUAUUAAAUGGUUGGUGUCUUUGCUUAAAUAGCACAAUAUAAUGGCCAAUAAUGGUCACCGAAUGGGUUUAAACAGCUUUGAUGUUGACAGUGCUAUUUCCCAUAACUAGUUUGCAUUACGUCUUUUUGCACUCUGUUUCUUCGCAUGAGAUAUCGAUGUAUUCAUGUUAGAAAGAAAAGCUGUGCCUGUUUUCAAAUAUAUUUCUGUAUUCAAUCUUUUUUCUUGUAAUUAGUUAUCCAACUGUGAUCUUAAAAUCAAUAUGAAAUAAAAAAUGAAAAUUGUGAGAGUAUAUUUACACUGUAAAUUAUUCGAUAUUUUACCCACUUGUCAGUGGGUCGAAUAAAUUGCAUUGUGUGUCUUGGACUCUU